UCUUCUUUUCUCCGUCGCUCCUUCGCCUCCGCCAUGGCGGCGCUGGCCCGCAAGGCCGCGGACUACCUGCGCAGCAAGGACUUCAGGGACUACCUCAUGAGUACGCACUUCUGGGGGCCAGUAGCCAACUGGGGACUCCCUAUUGCUGCUAUUAAUGAUAUGAAGAAAUCACCAGAGAUCAUCAGUGGUCGAAUGACCUUUGCCCUCUGCUGUUACUCGUUGACUUUCAUGCGGUUUGCAUAUAAGGUGCAGCCAAGGAACUGGUUGCUGUUUGCUUGUCACUUUACCAAUGAAGGCGCACAACUUAUCCAAGGAGGACGAUUAAUUAAAUUCAACAUGGAAAAGAAGAACUGAGUGCCUGUUUAACAGGGGGAAAUGGAAAAGGUGCUCCACAGAUUACAAUCAAUGAAUGUUUUUGCCAUCCACAGUUGCUGUGUCCAAUAUUUUUGCAUCACCAUUUCAUUAAAAUUCAUGGCAACGUUCAAUGUCAUCCCAUCCCUGAAUUUUGUAGCCUGCCUUUUAAAAAGAACCCCAGCAGUUUGAAACAUUGCAUCAAACAUCUUGCCUUACAAAUACUGCAUUUUUAUAUUUAUUUAUUUAUGAAAUUGUUCAGCAUACACACAUAACAACUUUUCAGGAGGAUAAGAAUUGUUCACAAGCUGCAACAAACAAGGCUGUGAACCAAAUUGUGCAUUUUGAUUUUAAGAAUUUAACAAUGGGUAUUUGGCAGCCUGGCACACAUGUACUCAAGAAUGGUGGUUCUGUCUCCUUAAGUGCAUUCUAGUUGCCAUAAAAUAGAGCUUGUGUUCAGAAGCACCCAUUCCUGACUGUUUUUAUAAUUAAAUUGUAUUAUCAGGCUCUACUAUCAGCAGUACAAUGUUGACUGAAAAAUAGUAGUUGCUGACUGACUGCUGACUGAUUUGAAUGUUGUAUCUGUGCUCUUCCAUAUAUUCAGGUCUUAACUCCAUCCCCACCCCCAAUAAAUAAACUGAAGGGGGAAAACAGAAGUUCAUUACAGUUUAUGGGCUGAUUCAGACAAAAUCUGAGAGUGGCACAGGCUACAUGUAGGUGGAAAGUAGAAUUUUUAUAGGAUUAUCUGUCCUGCCAAAGACCUGCUAGACAUCCACACUGCAGAAGUAAUGUUUGCGUGGAGCCUGAAUUGCAAAUUCCAGCAUUUUAGGUUUGAAACGUGGGAUAAUUUCCAGGGUCUUGUGUACCAUAUUGUUUGGACCUAUGUACCAGAGGAGUUUCACAUGUGGAUUGUUUGUAAAUGUUACAUCCAGUGCUUGGAUAUCCAGUUGUCUGUGGUCAGGUUUGCCUAGUGAACAAAAUUUGUGUACUUCUACAUCUCUAUUGUAUGUAGACUGCACCCCUAAGAGCUGAAGUAUCCCACUUGUUGCAAGUAUGCUGAAUGUUGUGGAUAGUCAAGUUGUCUCUGUGUCCUAAUUCCAUUUUAUUUGUCCCAUGAAGCUAUUACUAGAAACUUUUAAAUGUUAUUUAAUACAAAACUUAACUGCAGACUUAAAUGAAGGCUUUUAAGAGUGUUGAAGGAUACUCCGGACUACCAGAAUCAUAAAUUUCAGCACAAUGUUCUAGUUACUUCCUCCUAUAGCACUUAUGACUUUUAUCAACAAUUGUAAAGUACCAUGUACUGAGGACAUUGAACAGUUUUCUUUUUAGUUCAACAACUUUGGGGGCAGUAAACUUUCUCAGCAGGUGAAGGAGUUACAAUAUGAAAUUAAUUAAACUAAUGGCAAUAAACUGUUUUGAGAAAAUUUUGUACUAACGGUUUUUCAGCUAUGUUAAUAAAAAUGGUACUGUACUUGCA